GCAGUUAUAAAGCAGGCGCCACACAAGCAAAGGAUCCCAUCUUUCCCUCUCUCUCUCCCGCAGCACAUGCGCGUCGCCCGCCGACACCCACACCCACAGCAGCGGCAGCGGCAAUGGAGCAUCGGGGCCUGCUUCUCGUCCUCGUCGCGGCGGCGUGCCUCUCGGGCGGCGCCCACGCCAGGCACGCCAAGAAGUCGUACGGGGCCGUCUUCAGCUUCGGGGAUUCGCUCUCCGACGCCGGCAACCUCAUCGUCGACGGCAUCCCCAAGUCGCUCACCACCGCGCGGUCGCCCUACGGCAUGACCUUCUUCGGCCGCCCCACCGGCCGCUGCUCCAACGGCCGCGUCGUCGUCGACUUCCUCGCCGAGCACUUCGGGCUGCCCCUGCCGCCGGCGUCGCAGGCGCAUGGCAAGGACUUCAAGAAGGGGGCCAACUUCGCCAUCACGGGCGCCACGGCGCUGGAGUACUCCUUCUUCAAGGCCCACGGCAUCGACCAGCGCAUCUGGAACACCGGCUCCAUCAACACCCAGAUCGGCUGGCUCCAGAAGAUGAAGCCGUCGCUCUGCAAAUCGGAGAAAGAGUGCAGGGACUACUUCAGCAAGUCCCUGUUCGUGGUGGGAGAGUUCGGGGGGAACGACUACAACGCUCCUCUCUUCUCCGGCGUCGCCUUCUCCGAGGUGAAGACCUACGUGCCGCUGGUCGCCAAGGCCAUCGCCAACGGCGUCGAGAAAUUGAUCGAGCUUGGCGCGACGGACCUGUUGGUGCCUGGAAUUCUUCCGAUCGGGUGCUUCCCGUUGUACCUGACUCUCUACAACAGCAGCAAGAAGUCCGACUACAACGCGCGCACGGGGUGCCUCCGGAGAUACAACCGUCUGGCCUUCCACCACAACAGGGAGCUCAAGCAGCAGCUCGACGCGCUUCAGAAGAAGUACCCGAAGACCAAAAUCAUGUACGGCGACUACUUCAAAGCCGCAAUGCAGUUCGUCGUGAGCCCUGGAAAAUUCGGCUUCAGCACGGCAUUGCAGGCGUGCUGCGGCGCCGGAGGGACGGGCGCCUACAACUUCAACCUGAAGAAGAAGUGCGGCGAGGCGGGCGCGAGCGUGUGCUCCAACCCGUCGGCGUACGUGAGCUGGGACGGCAUCCACAUGACCGAGGCCGCCUACCGCAUGGUGGCCAACGGCUGGCUCAACGGCCCCUACGCCUCUCCCCCGAUCAUGAAGUGAGAGUCGACAUGGCUGGCCCUUAGCCGUGUACCUAUGUAUGUAACGUCGCUGCUGCUGCUGAUGGUGAUGGAGGGAUCGGUGACAUGCGGAGCGCUUCAGGCGCUGGAGAUGUUAAGUUAUGAUAUGAUGGGAGGUUGUAUAAACCGUGCCGGUAUAGAUAUGUUUUCCAGCUGAAAAGCUCUAGUAGUAGUACAGAUGUACGUACCUUGUAUGACAUGCUACCUGAUUCUUCUUAUUCAUUUACCAAGACUUGCAUAAGAAUAAGUUAUUAAAUAUUAUGGGGACAAGAGGAUGGGAAAAUUGCGCAUUUGCGCUCCCUGAACCGCGCUUUU